AUGAGUUUCCUCAAAGAUCACAUUCAAAAACUCAAAUCUAACUCAUUCGGCAAGAAGUCCUGGACUAAACGUGCUGACAAGCUUAAGCAGCAACAUGACCAGCUCAAACAAGAACACGAAGAAUCUGAAAAUAAACGGAAAGCCAAAGAACUACAGAAACUCAGAGAGCUAUCUUACCAGUGAGAGACCACCAGCAAACUCCAGACUCAAGGAGACCCCAAGGCUCAAGCCUGACCGAGUCUCAGAAGAGCCGAAGAAGAUGAGCAACAAGCUCACUCCAAGCCUUCGCUUAUCGAAAGAGAAGCCAAACAAACCAGUAACACUGCAGCUCCUCGACCUGUUGAUGAAGAACAACACAAGUCACAAGAAGAAGCCAAAACAAUGACUGAAGAUGAAAUACUCAACACCAAGAACAGACUCAGGAAACUCAGACACCCCAUCAAGCUGUUUGGAGAAACCGACCUCCAAACUUACCAGCGGCUCUGAGCCAUCGAGCAAGACGACACUUCUGGCAUCCAGGAGACUGGUCAGGCACCUGAUGCUACCAAGAAAGAACUCAAGCGCAGUCUGUUUCAGCAGUCGUUGAAAGACAAGCUCCAGAGCAAGACUCCCAUCGACCUCGAGAUCGGACAAGAAAAGCCUGAAGACGUCAUCGGAGUCAGAGUCACCAAGAGCGGGUCACACCUUGACUUCAAGAAGUUUGAGAAAGGCUGACGAGAUGUCCCUAGAAAAGACAAGUGAGUCUUAGUGCUGAAGUGGAUCAAAUAAGGUCAUGCGCAUCUGGGAAGAAGACCUUGCUGAUGGUAAGCCAGAGAUCAGGUUCGGGGAAGACAGCUAUCUCAGCACCAAGAAAAGUCUGAAGCCACUCUACAAGUUGUUAUACAACCAAGACUUGAACAAUGAAAUUCUGGGGACUCUGUACUUGCUGGCUCGGUAUGCAACCAUGAAGCAGUAUGUGGAAGCCAACGACAAGUACUUUGCACUCGGAAUCGGAAAUGCUCCUUGGCCAAUGGGUGUGACCAUGGUUGGUAUUCACGAGCGUUCUGGUCGUUCCAAGAUUCUGAGUUCGCAAGUAAAGCACAUUCUUAACGAUGAAACACAGAACAAGUAUGUUGUAAGCAUCAAAAGACUGUUGACGAUAUGUCAGGACCACUACCCAGUAGACCCUUCAAAGAACGUGGCUUUGUAA